AUGCCCCAGACCAUGUUCAGCUCUCCCAGUGGCUACAGCCCCCACCUGGCCUGCACUGAGCCUGUGGAGGAGCAGGAGGAGGCCCCGCGGGAGGGUCCGGGCUCUGGGGCCUGCCUCUCCAACGGACCCCCCAUCACCUCUGCCUCUCUGGACACGCUCAUCCAGAACCUGGUGCCCACUGCCGAUUACUACCCUGAAAAAGCCUAUGUGUUUACCUUUCUGCUGAGCGCGCGCCUCUUCAUCUCGCCUCCGGACCUGCUGGCCCGCGUUUGUGAACUGUGCAUCAAGCAGCAGCAGCUGGACCAGAGCCCUCUGGACACGGCAAAAGUGCGCAAAUUUGGUCCCAAAAUCCUGCAGCUGCUGACGGAGUGGACCGAGACGUUUCCCUCGGACUUUAGAGAUGACAAGAUGGUCGGACAACUGAAAGAUUUCAUUCACAGGAUCGCUCCAUGUGAUGAAGCGUACUGGAAGAGCCUGAACCAGCUGCUGCAGAAGCUGAGCCAGAGGUUGGCGUUGAUGAGCCAGGGGGAGGAGAGCAUCGUGAAGGUCUCGCUCACUGCCUCCUCCAUCUCUGACAAACUGGUGGCCUUCAAAACCAAGCCUCCCCCCAUCACCAAGGACAUGCUCUCCAUCUGCAAUGACCCCUACACACUGGCCCAGCAGCUCACCCACAUCGAGCUGGAACAUCUCAGACGGAUUGAACCAGAAGAAUUUGUCCAGGCCUUUGUGCAGAAAGACCCGUUGGAUGGAACUCAGCCGUGCUUCGGUGAUCAGAAAAAGAAGACCACAAACCUGGAGGCCUACGUCAGGUGGUUCAACCGACUGUGUUACCUGGUUGCCACGGAGAUCUGCAUGCCCGCAAAGAAGAAGCAGAGAGCCACGGUCAUAGAGUUCUUCAUCGAUGUGGCCAGAGAGUGUUUUAAUAUCGGAAAUUUCAAUUCACUCAUGGCCAUCAUAUCUGGAAUGAACAUGACCCCCGUGUCCCGCCUGAAGAAGACCUGGGGCAAAGCCAAGACUGCCAAAUUCUUCAUUCUGGAGCAUCAGAUGGACCCCACGGGGAACUUCUACAACUACAGGACGGCUCUGAGGGGGGCGGCCCAUCGCUCACGCACUGCCAACAGCAACAGAGAGAAGGUUGUCAUCCCAUUCUUCAGUCUGCUCAUCAAAGAUAUUUACUUCCUGAAUGAGGGGUGCGCCAACCGCCUUCCCAAUGGCCAUGUCAACUUUGAGAAAUUCAUGGAGCUGGCGCGACAGGUCGGGGAGUUUAUGACAUGGAAACAGGUGGAGUGUCCGUUUGAGGAGGAUCGGUCCAUCCUGCACUACCUCCACACUGCCCCCAUAUUCAGCGAAGACGGACUUUACCUUGCAUCAUAUGAAAGCGAAAGUCCAGAAAACCAGGUCGAGAAAGACCGAUGGAAAGCACUCAGGGCGAACGUGUUGGCAAAGACAUGA